CCUCGAUCUCCCCAUCUCACGAUCAUCGGACAAGAAUAACGUGUCAAUAUCGCCAUCAUGGCGUCUUUGGUCGACUACCUUCCACAGCAUGACGGCUACUUGCCCAAAUGGCUCCUCUUCAUCGCAGUUGUCUCCAUCGGCAACACGAUUCAAUGCUACCGCUCUCUCGCUGGUUCAAAGGAAGUCUACGCUGGCAAGCCCUACAAGACCGACAAAAAUGCAAGCCCAGUCAAUGAGCUCAGCGCCCGCACUUUUGGCACCUGGACUGCUCUUUCCAGCAUAGUUCGGCUCUACGCGGCCUACCACAUCGAUAAUCCUCAGGUGUACCAGUUGGCACUCUGCACCUAUGGAAUCGCCUUUGCGCACUUCUUCAGUGAAUGGCUGGUCUUUGGUUCGGCGAAAUGGGGAAGAGGCUUGGCGAGCCCGGUCUUUGUCAGUACUAUCACUACGGUGUGGAUGCUGACGCAGUGGGGCAACUACGUGAAGUAGAUCUGGUAUACUUUUGGCCAUGUUCAGGCUGUGGAAAGUUCUCAAGGACAUCUGCCGCAUGCCGCUUGAUUAAGCAUCCAGACACAAUCCCGCUCUUCUUUCCCGACCCAUCGAGCAAUAAAGAUGCCUCCCGAGCGCCGCCUUACUACAGGCUUCGAGCGCCGCUCGAGUAGCUGCGAUUGUUUGUCAUGCUCCACCAGUCCAGUUGCAUCUAUCACCACCCGAGGCCUUCCAAAGGGGUCUUCAAGAGGUAUCAGAAGCUAAUGUGUUUGCUCUGAAACUUUUUAACACUGAAGUUGGCCCCAAGCCAUCGAUCCGUGAAAUCUGUAGCAAAAUGAGAUCCACUUUCAGGCUCGAUGCAGUUAGCCAGAGCCUUCCGAUCAGCGAGCAGCAAACACUAUAGCACACAUAAAAUUCGCACUUUUCAAAUAUAUCUCCCAGCA